AUGAACCGACAAAGUAAUAUUUCAAUUCCCAACGAUCAUCAGUUAAAACUUCGACGACAAUGUUACCGUUUAGCAGUUAUCCUGACAAUACAAGGUGUCCUCUUUGUAACUUUUGGAUUUGUAUGUUUGGCUUUAUUAGGAUAUAACUCCAAUACCGAUAUUUUCUUUCACUCAUUUUGGGCCGGAGUAACGCAAGCUAUUGCUGUGAAUCGACUUCAAGACCCUCCACCUCCAUAUCCUGGUAUUUCAUGUAAUACAGAAUCGCAAGUAUUACCGUCCUAUCAUGAUAUCGAAGUGAACCUCGCUGUAAGCACCGAAACAAAUGAAGAUUGUCACCGCGAAGAAUUAUAUCAGAAUGAAAUAGAUGAAGAUAAUACUGAUAAAGAGGAUAACCUUCCACCACCUCCGUAUGCAGGAAUUGGAAAUUAA